GCCGCCCUCCUCUCUCUGUCUUCCCUGCGCCUCGCCCGAAGCGCCCCCUAUGCCCUACCCUCUCUCUCUCUCUUCCCGGCGCCGCGCCUCUCGCAGCACCUUUCGAUUUCUCUCUCUACCCUCUUCCUACGCCUCUCUGUACCUUACCCGAAGCAACUCUCUCUCUCUCUAUCUCCUCUCUACAGCCCCUCUCUCUCUCGCUCUUCCCUCCUCCGGUGUAUCCAUGUGCGAUCUCGCGGAUUGCUCUCUGUUGAGCGAUCGUAUCUGCGGACAUCGCGGAAUAGAUCUCCUCGGUUCCCCUGCUUCCGAUCCAACGGUGGUACUUUACUUUACCCUAAUCAUGGCUACUGAGGUAAUUUACCCCUACCCCUAACCCUUCGUUGCCUUCGUUGCCGCCCUAAUCUGAUAUGAUGGUGUGAUGGCGCGCCUUCGCCGCCGCCUUAAUCUGAUGUUUGUGCAGCAAGUGGUUUACUGUUUCAAAUCGAUUAUACUUGCUGAUUUCUCUUCUCUUCCAACUAUCAUGUCUGCUAGAUCUCCCCCAAUUUGCAAGAUCUCCGAAAUCUCAAUAAAAAAAAAAAAAAACUGAUGUGUGUGUGAUGGCGAGGCUAUGUUGUGCAGCAAGUGGUUUACUGUUUCAAAUCGAUUGUACUUGCUGGUUUCUCUUCUCUUCCAACUAGCAUGUCUGCUAGAUCUCCCCCAAUUUGCAAGAUCUCCGAAAUCUCAAUAAAAAAAAAAUGAUGCUGCUGGAUUUUCUAAUGUAAUGAUGUCUAGAUGUGAUCUACCGGAUCUUUCUUAGAUUGCCAGAUCUUUGCAAUUAAUUGAGGGCUUCUCUUAGCUCUAUUGCCUUCUCCAUGGUCUCCAUGCUCCUAUAUUUGUUGUAUGCAGGAGGCAUUAUAAAUAGUGCCAACUGUUCCACAGUACGGCAUUAAAUCUGUGCCUGCUCUACACAGUAUAGCAUUCAAUUACUUCCAGCUGAAGAGUAAAUUCUCAACUCAUUAAUGGCAUAGCAUUGAACUAUUAGUAAAUUAGUAAAUUAGUAAAUUUUGAAGAGCCUAACUUAUGAUGUAUACAUUAUUGCUUAGGUGCCUAUAAAAGUACGUCCUUUGCUACCUUCCCCAUAGGUACGACCUCCUUUGGUGCUGGUCUGGUCGCAGUUUGAAUGCUUCUGUCUGCUGCCUUUCUGUGUUUUGGGAGUCUGUGGUUUUAUAGUUUGGUUGCCUUUUGAAUUUGUUUGGCUGUUUUGUAAUUUUGUUCUUUCUAAUUUGGGAUUCACUCCCUUCCCUUCUGCUCCUGUGCCUUCGUGGCAGUGACGAAAGGCUUCGAAGGAAUAAUAGUUCGGUUAUGGAGAGAUGCAAUGCUUGGAUGGCCUGCUCACAGGCAACCGCUCCAUAUUGUUGGGUUCCUUUGGCUGGAGGGAUGCGAUGCUUGGAUGGCCUGCUCACAGGCAACCGCUCCAUAUUGUGGGUUUUGGCUGGGUUUUUUUUUUUGCGGCGGAAUUGGCUGCGAUCUCUGCUCCUCCUUAAUGAUGAAGAUUCCAUGGCCAAGUUCUUUAUCUGAACCCAGGAGCUCUCUAUUGUGGGUUACUAUUUUCUAUCUCUGUUCUUAUUUUCAAAGUUUUAUAAAAAUUCUUUGGCGUUUUUCGUGCCUUACUGUUUUUUAACAGAUAUUUUGCACCAUUUUCAUAUAUUCACUAUUAAUUUUUUUACUUCACUUUUUUUUUUUUACUUAUCUUAUUUUGACUUAUUUUAUUUUUUGUUUUGAGGCAAUGAUGAUAUGUGGGAGUAAAAAAAAAGUCCUAAAGGCCUGAAUGUUUUUGAAGAUCGGGGCGGCCUACGCGUGGGCAACCACUCAUUAGUGCUGCUGGUGGGGUCUUUCCUUUUCGGUUUGGAUAAGUGAUGUGAUAUUCUCAUUAGUGCUGCGCAUGAGAAUUGGACGGCAAGCACGUAGGCACCCGCUUAUUACUACUUCUGUCGGCUGGUGGGGGUUUCACAGCCAUGGUUAGGGUGCUUCAUGAUUUACGAUUUGUGUUGGCCUCUCUUGACAAAAAACUACUCCUACGCUGCCCUCUGCUCGAGCAUUACAUUGUAUGCUCGCGUGGCCUGAGCCUUGCUAUUUUACAAAGAAUUGCUUCGAUCUUGGUGAUUUCUCUUCUUACUUUUUCUUCUUUCAUACAGUUUUUUCUUUUUGGUUAUUCUUGCUGCUGUUUUUUCCGUCAAUGCGUUUUCGAAUUUUUCUUACGCUGCUUUUUUUUCCCCGGCACAUGAAUUGUUUUCGCAUUUUUUCUUACGCUGCUCUUUCUUUGGUUGUUCUAUUUCCUUUUGUUCCUUCUUUUUUUUUUUUUUUAUUGUUGCAUUCAUCUUACCUUCGCCCAUUAUUUGCCCCUUCAUGUUAUAUUUUUUAUAAAACUCCAAAUUAUUUGUAUUUUGCAUACUUUUCUUUUGCUGUUAAAAAAUUACAAAUUUCCACUCUUUGUCCACUUGCUGCUACUCUUCCCGUGUCUAUCCCUCUUUCAGCUUUAAGCAUGGCACCUGUGCAACUCUCCUACACCCGCUUGCUGCAGGAGGUGUCCGAGCAGCUUCGGAUUGAAGUCCCUUCGUUUGUUCUGACGGCUUACAACCAUCAAGUAAUUUAAUCGAGCGGAUUACCACCAACCAAACCCCAAUUAUGAGUCCUCAGGAAGAAUUGUCUAUUAAUAGAAAAACUGUCGCUGAAUUGUUAGAGCUUGACAUUUCCAGCACACAAGAUAUGAGGUUUACCUGUCAAGCUAAAAUUAUUGAAAUUGACACGUCAUUUGGCUGGUGGUACAAAGCUUGCUAUAAUUGCAAAUCAUCCAUCAAAACUUACGAUGAUACUUUUUGGUGCUCCAAUUGUGGUAAAAACGAUCAAUCUCCUAUACCAUGGUACAAAUUAAAUACUAUUGUUGGAGAUUCAACUGGUACCACUAACUUCACUAUCUUCGGAAAAUCGGCGCAAGAUCUGAUUCAUAUUCCUGCUCAAAAUUUAGCCACUUCACCUGGAUCGGAUAAAUUUACUCUAGCCCCUACCAUUAAAACAAUUAUUGGUCAAGAGCAUAUUUUUCAAGUCGUACCUGAUACACAGCGAUUCAAAUCAACUGUUCCAUCUUUUAAAGUUUUAAAAAUUUUUACCACAAACUUUACUGCAAAAGGAAAGACACCUGUAGUGAAAAAAUUGUUUGCCCAAUGUGAAAAACAACUGCUUUCUCCCUCUGAUGAUAAACAAAUUAGAAAUGAAUUAUUUGAAGAAACGUCGUCUGCUCUCGCAAUUUCAUCAAGUUACCCACGGUCUAUUGAUAAACAAAUCGGUAAUGAAUUAUUUGAAGAAGCAUCAUCCGCUCUUGCUAUUCCAUCAAUAUUUUUUGUCAGUUGCCCACAAUCUGGUGUUGACAACUCUGAAGUCCAACCUGCGAAAAGGUUUCUUGAGCCUACACAGGAAGAUGCAGAAGAUGCAGAGAAGAAUGAAGAUUAAGAGAAGAAGGAAGAUACAGAGAAUAAUGAAGAUUAAGAGAAGAAUUGAUAAAUCAUUUACCACUGCCACUGCUUCAUAUUUAUAAUUGUUUAUUUAUUUUAUAGAACUAUUAGCAUAAGAUGCUAAGACUGUCUGCCAUCUUUUUUUAAA